AGGCUAAAUCUGUACGGAGUACCUUCCCAAAUACUUUUGGGUUUCGCGGUUAAUGGUGAUGCUCUUAAAGCCUUCAUUCUUUCAAUUGGCGAAAAGAAAAACCCUCGUCUAAACCCUGUGCAGGCGAAUAAUCAUCUAAAAAGUAUAGCCCUUUCCUCUAUCACUGCCGAAUCCCGAAUCGGAGAAGAUGUUAGGUCGAUUUUUGAUCAAAAGGCUUUGGCCGGCUUCUAAAGUUUCGUCGUCUUCUCGCAGAGCAUUGAGCAUUGCUUCAUAUUCAUCAUCAUACCUUUGUCUUGCAAGUAAAAUGAUUGAUUAUUCUCAAAAAGACUUUGGACGUUCGAAGCGACAAUAUGGAUGCUUCUUCAAGAUGUUGCUACAUGGACAAGCAGUACUGCUACUUGGAGGGAGUAGUUCUCUUGUAUUUGCUGAAAAAAUUUCAAAUGAAACUGCCUCUGAAAUUGUUGCUGGAGGAUCUGCUGAUGCUGGUGUACAACGAGUUGAGGAUGGUUCUGUUAUUUCAAAUGAACAUACUAUUAAGUGGCGAAUAUUCACUGAUAAUGGACGAGAAUUUUUUGUGCAAGGAAAAUUGGUUGAAGCUGAGAAUUUCUUCUCAUCUGCUUUAGUAGAAGCAAAAAAAGGUUUUGGUGAGCGGGAUCCACAUGUUGCGUCUGCAUGCAACAAUCUGGCAGAGUUUUACAGAGUCCAGAAAUUAUAUGAUAAGGCAGAGCCCUUAUAUCUAGAUGGAAUUAGUAUACUUGAGGAAGCGUAUGGUCCAGACGAUGUACGGCACAGCUAUGUUUUACUCUUAAAUCUCAGUGUUGGGGCUGCUUUCCACAACCUUGGUCAAUUCUAUAUAGGGCAGCGGAAAUUUGAAGAAGCUCGAGUUUGUUAUGAGCGGUCAUUGAAGAUAAAGGGACGUAUUUUAGGACAUCGUCAUGCCGAUUAUGCUGAGACAAUGUUUCAUCUUGGAACGGUUCUGUAUCUUCAAGGACACGUGGAGGAGGCUGAGGCUCUUGUUCAGGAUUCUAUUCGGAUACUAGAGGAAGGUGGACAGGGAGAAUCAUUCUCUUGCAUAAGGAAGCUGAGAUAUCUAGCCAAGAUUUAUAUAAAAUCUACUAAUCAACUUAGCAAGGCCGAAAAUGUACAAAGAAAAAUUUUGCACAUUAUGGAGUUCACGAAGGGAUGGGAUUCUUUGGCCACAGUAAUUGCUGCUGAAAGUUUGUCAAUAACUUUGCAAUACUUGGGAAAAUUAAGGGAUGCAAGAGAACUACUAGAAAGGUGUCUUGAUGCUCGAAGGACAUUACUCCCCAAAGAUCACAUCCAGGUUGGGGGAAACUUGCUUGGAUUGGCUAAUUUGGCUUUGCUGAAUUUUAAACAAAUGAAAAAAAUAGGGACGUCAAAUGCAAAUAUGGAACUUGAUAGAGCAAAAGAAUUUUUGACAAAUGCUAUCAGGAUAGCUGAGUGCGUUUUGGAUGGAACUAAAGAAAAGAAAAUUGUGCCUAAAUAUGGGCAAGGUAUCGGGAAAGAUGAACACCUUGCAUUAACCAUACUGUUACAGUCACUGAAAGCUCUUGCACAUGUGGAGAUUGCUAAGCUAGAAGAUCAAGAAACAACGGGAGCUUUGCCUGUGUUGGAGGCUGAAAAGUCACUUCGUCAUUGCAUACAUGCUUUUAGGAAGUAUGGAGCGGUAACUUCAACAUCCAUACCCAUUGAAGUGAAGAGCGAGUAUAUUUCUUGCUUGAAGGAUCUGCUGAGCUUGAUCACUGAAAAGACUAAGAAUGCAGGGCAUUUUCGUAAGGGUGAGUUACAGGAACUGAAAGACGAAAUCAGAUGUGUUGAAGAGGAAAUUUUAGGUCGCAAGCUCUAGGCUUAUGGGAUCCGUCCAUGGCCAAACAUAUACAACUCGGUGACGAUUUAAAAUGUUUUUGUUCAUCGUUUUUUUUUUUUGGGGGGGGGCGGGAAGAUGAGACGAUGUAUGUUACCUUCAUACUUUCACUUUACUAGAAGUACAAAGGGAUAUUCCUUAGAUUUCAUGAUUCAUGCUUAACUCUCAAAUGGCAUGUUAUUGUUCCCGUUUCUGUACCUCCUAUUUAAUAUGUAAUGAAAAUAAAUUAUUUGUUGUAUAAACUUUAUAGUUAAAUUUGAUAUUUUGUAAUUUGUAAAUUGUAAUUUGUCUUUUUUAGCACGAAACACGAGUGACAGCUUUUUCUUGAAAAUAUUCCACAUAGUAGCAAUAUGUUUACGCAUUAAUCAACUGAUGCAGCUUUAGUGCUUUAAUUUUUACAGAAUUCCGUUAAGUUGGAAUUACCUUUUUACUCUUAUUAAGAGUGGGCCAUCUUCUCCAAAUUGAAAUUCACCAUUUUUAGUGCUAUCAUUCAUUGUUGUUGGUCUUCAUCUUAAUCAUGUAAACCUUAAAACAACAGAUGAUUGUUGGACAUUUAGUGUAUAUAUUAAUCCUUAAGAUAUAUUACCAAGUACUACAAAUAGUAGUGGGAUAAAGUGUCUUAAAAAUACAAGAUCCAAAGGGAGACAAAAGGCAAAAACAGGAAAACGAGUCAGCAGGAAAAGCCGACUCAGCUUUCCAGUGGUUCAAGCUAUAGUCGAGUCGACUUUUAAUGUAGACUAGGUUCAGUUUUUCCUUUUUGUCUUCUUAUAUAAACGGGC